GCGGUGGGUGGCGGCCCCCGAAGGGUCCCGCGCGGAAGCCCCCAAACCCAUGAAGGGCCUCCUCCGCCUAGGGGGCUGCCUGGAGCCGGGGGUGGCGGGCGAGGGGCCGCCGCUGACCCGCACGCGCUGGUACUGCCUGCCCGCCAAGGCCCCGCUGACCUCGUGGGAGGAGGCGGAGGAGGGCGCCGUCUACACCGUCAGCGCGCGGGGGCCGGAGGGGUCCCGCGGAGGCGCCGGCCGCGGGGUCGCGGGGACUGCCGGCGGAGCGGAGCCGUCCGAGGGCAGCGCAGGAUCCCCCUUUCCCGCCGCCGCCGUUGUGCAGUCCCGGGCGCUGAAGGCCGGCUCGCUGCCCCGCCUGGUGCGGCACCUGCUGGAGGCUCCGUCCCUCGGGGACGCGGGCUACCGGCCGGCCUUCCUGGCCACCUACCGCGGCUUCGCCCAGCCGACCGUCGUUCUGGGGCUCCUCCUGGAGAGGCUCCAGGCAGUGACCGGAUCCAAUGCUCGCAGCCCCCAAAAGACGGAGGACCUGCAGCGAGCCCUCGCCUCGCUGUUCUGCUCCUGGCUGGACAGCUACCCCCAGGACUUCAUGGGGCUGGAGCCCCGCCUGCGGGAGCAGCUGGUCAGCUGGCUGCACUGGGCCUGGGGAAGCAGCCCGGGGCCCGAGAAGAGCCUGCCGGACACCCCGAGCAGGAGAGGCCCUCCGGCGACUGAGCAGGGGCAAGAGGAGGGCCCCGGCCAAGACGUGGACCCCGAUCCCCACUACGUCCUGGGGCUGCAGGCGGAGGAGGUGGCUGCGCACCUCACAGCGCAGGACGGGGACCUCUUCCUGCGCCUGGUGCCCCACGAGUGCCUUGGCUCUGCCUGGUCUCAGCGCGAUAAGAAGGGCCACGAGGGGGACUGCCCCACCGUCCGGGCCACCGUGGCUCAGUUUAACCUCGUGGCCAACGCCGUGAUCUUUACCUGCCUGUGGGACACGGGGCUGCGUGCCACCCAGCGGGCCCGGCUGCUGGAAAAGUGGAUCUGUGUGGCUGAGGAGUGCCUCCUCCUGCGCAACUUCUCCUCGCUGUACGCUGUGGUCUCCGCCCUGCAGUCCACGUCUUUACACCGACUGAAGCGGACCUGGGAAGAGACGUCUAGGUGGUCCUGUAAUGGCAACCAGGAGCGUUUCUGUCAGACCAGACUGGUCUCUGGGCUCUGGGGUGGGGUUGCUCCCCCCCCCCCGAGAAAAUCAUGCCUCUUCUCUGCUGGCAGGGAAUCAGCCCGUUGCUACGAGGAGCUCAGCGCCAUUUGCUCGGAGCAAGAUAACUACAGCCAAAGCCGGCAGCUCCUCUUCCAGGAAGCAGGGCCUGGAGCAGCAGCAGGAGGGGCCGAGCUCCCUCAUCGCAAGCAUCAGCGGAGGCUACUGGAACAACGGCCAUUGGGCGUGAUCCCCUACCUGGGCACCUUCCUGAAGGACCUGGUGAUGCUGGAUGUGGCCACUCCCACCCGCCUGCAGAACAGCGGCUACAUCAACUUUGAGAAGCACCGGAAGGAGUUUGACAUCCUCACCCGGCUACGCCUCCUGCAGGCCAAGUGCCGUAACUACACCUUGGUCCCUGACGGGGCCCUCCAGCGAUGGCUGCGGUGCCUGCCUGCCCUCAGCGAGGCCCAGAGCUACCAGCUCUCCUGCGCCAUUGAGGCCCCCAGCGAGGGAGGGGCUGCCCCCAAGGCCAGCAAGCCCACCUUGGUGAUCACACGCUGCACAGACCUGAUCACUUCGCUGGGAGUAAGUGCCCCACUGCCCUGGGACAGAAGUGGCUCCCCACAGGUCUCACCCAACCUCCUGGGCCCGUCAGCUGCCUCUCCUACCGCCCUGGGGGGCCCCCAACCAGUCCAGGGCAAGUGGCCCUCCGUCUCGGCCUUGGACACGUCACCCCCGUCAUCCCCCGCGGAUGGCCUGGCCGCCCUUCCUGCCACGGGGGGCGGCUUCAUCAAGGGCCACCGGCGCUCGGCCUCCUGCGGCUCCGUCUACCCCCAGGCCCCCGACAAGGGAGGCGCCUCCCCCUCGGACUGCUGCAUCAUCCGGGUCAGCAUGGCCCUGCAGAACGGCACCCUCUACAAGAGCAUCCUGGUAACAAGCCAGGAUAAGGCCCCCACCGUGGUGGCAAAGGUGCUGGAGAAACACAACCAGGACCAGAAUCUGGCCCAAGACUACGAGCUGGUGCAGUUGUUGCCGGAUGGCCGAGAGCUGGUCUUCCCCCCCAUGUCAAACGUCUUCUAUGCCAGGAACGGCUUCAGCCUGGACUUCCUGCUCUGGCCCAAGGGCCCCCCGAGCAAGACUCCCCCUCCAACCCCCCCACCCAGGAGCCCCCGAGCCAGGGAGAUGGACAUCUGCGCCACCUUCCCGAAGAUCAAGGCCACCGGCCGAAGGAUCGCCCGGGCCCUUUUCUGAGGGGGACGAGCUGUGAAAGGAGGGGUCACACACGGCUCUGUUGGGGACCCCCCAAGUCAAGACUGGGACCCCCACCCAGGACAUGAAGUGGGGGGGGGAAGGCCUCAGCAGCACCCCAGGCUGUGCAAGAGUCUUGGAAUCUCCGCUGCCCAGAGGACCCAAAGGCAGGAAGGACUAUGGGGCAGCUGUGGGGCUGAGUGGUCAGUCCCGGAAUAGGGCUCUCAAGUGGUCUCAGGUGACUGAAGGGCCUUCAUUGUGGCUUCUUUAAGGAGAAGUGUGUGUGUGUGUGUGUGUGGACACCUGCAUGCCUGUUCAGCAGAGACUUUGCUGAGAUACAAAUAUGGGGGAGGGGGCUGUUUCCCCCCAUCCCCCUUGAUGGCUUCUCUGCCCUGCCAGCAUCUCUGAAACAGCCCAUUGUCUGGUCCUCCUUCCCCCCGAGUGAUGGGAGUUGUGUUCUUUUGUUUGAGGGGGGGUUGAUAAAGGUUGCAGGGGAAGCUGCCGACCAGGAUGGGUCACUGCUGAAGAAUGGGGGAUCUCAGGCUGCCUGGAGAUCCCUACAGCCUCUGGGAUCUUCCUGGAUCUGGUGAUCUUGCCUAAGGGCAAGAGGGAUUUCAGCUGGAGGGUCGCAGCUGUUGCUGUGAUUGUGGGGGGGGGGUCUGGGCGACCGGCAAGCCUGGGGUAGACUAGGUGGCUCUACGGCCUCCCUGAAAAAAAAGUGUGGAAGCCGGGGAGCCCCAGCAGGAGAAGGUCCAGCCGCCGUUGAGCAUCCGUCUUUCCAAAGAUUGCAGAAAAAGCCAGAAAUCCCAUCAGCUAGAGGGGGAAAAAAAUAAUACCCUUUUGCAUAGGAUAACCAGAUUA